AAGUCAUAUGGAUUGGAUACUAUGGCUUAGUGUAUAACCUGGUGAAAAUGUCAUGGGAACUUCAGGGAGAUGAUGGGCAGGAUGGAUUUAGAAACAAAAUAUGGCAAACACUGCAGAAAACAAAGGAGCAUGAGAAAGACAGUCGAAUCCAUAAUGCAGUUACCAUCGCUCAGGCUGAGUUAAAUGACCCAACUGAUCCCUUCACUAAUUAUAGUGCAAAAGUCUCAUCAAAUGUAGGGGAUGAAAUUUUCUCCAAAUACAUAGGAUGGAGAAUUGCCACUGCACUUUCCAAACUAUUCUUCCCCUCCACUGAUGCCUAUGUCCUUCCUUUGAAAAAACCACUGAAAAAACAGGAUCAAAUGAAAUAUCUGAACAAAAAGGAUUCCAUGAAGAGAAGAGUUGUACGUGUUACUCUAAGGGAACAUCCUUCUUUAACAGAACUUCCCCUGUUUCCUUAUCCGGAUUUCUUCACCAGAGCUGAUGAAGAGUUGGCACAAAUCAUUGACCAUCAUUGGCAGGAAGAGCUAAAGAUCCAACAGAAAGAAGAUGAAAUAUGUGAGGCCCAAGAAUGUAAAGACAAAGAGUUAGAGGAAAAAAAACACUUCAGAGAAAUUAUGAAGAGAAGAGAAGAGAAACUACACAAGCAAACUAAACCCUAUGAGCUUCCUCCUAGGAAUGAAAUAAGUUUAUGAGUUUGGAUGUGGAUAUUCCUGGAAGGCACAGUAACACUUACCAGAGAGAUUCAUCCAAUUAAAAGUCAUUUUUUAAAUGGCACUUCACUUCCUCUGACGCUCUCAAUCUAUGGGUGAUUUGGUGAUACUCAAGAGACAGUUUAGCUUAUCAUGGAUAUUGAACUCAAAUGACUACCAGCUCCAGAAGCUAUGAAAACACUGAGUAUGUCACUGACCCACUGGAGCUUCAA